CCCACUUGCGAACAGAUCCUUAGAGCGAACCCCAGAGGAAAAGAACUUUUUGGACAACUUUUUCCAGCCCUUUUAUCUGUCCCCCUUGUGCGCCGCAGCUGGGAUCGGACCGUGCGUUUUUGCGCAGCGGUUCCUGCGCUCUUAUUUAUUCUUAUUUAUUUAUUUAUUCGGGACUCGAGAAGCCGGCGAAGAGAGAGAGAGAGAGAGAGGAUGGUGGUCGCAGAGCGCACUGGCCAAGCGGUGGCCGCGGCGGCGGCUGGUGGUGCCCGCGUGCCCGGGGAGAUGGGCGCGCCCGGGCCGGAGCCGGAGCCGGUGGCCAAGGCGAAGGCGCAGCGUUGCGCGCGGUGGCUGAGCCCUGGCUCCUGCGGGCUGUGGGCGCUGGCCCUGUGUUCCCUGGCGCUCAGCCUCCUCGCUCACCUCCGGACGGCCGAGCUGCAGGCCCGGGUACUGCGCCUGGAAGCGGAGCGCGAGGAGCCGCGCGUGGAGACGGCUAUUUUGGGACGAGUCGACCAGCUGCUGGAGGAGAAAUGGAAGCUCCACUCACGGAAGCGCCGGGAGGCCCCGAAGCCAUCGUUGGUGUCAUGUCAGUGCCCGCCAGCUCCCCCAGGCCCUCCUGGAAAGCCCGGCCUCCCGGGGGACAAAGGCGCCAUUGGGAUGCCUGGACGUGUGGGCCUAAAGGGUCAACCAGGCGAGAAGGGGGCCCCAGGAGACUCCGGGAUGUCCAUCAUCGGCCCCCGAGGCCCCCCUGGCCAGCCGGGCACCCGAGGUUUCCCUGGAUUUCCGGGCCCCAUUGGACUGGAUGGCAGGCCGGGCUACUCCGGACCUAAAGGAGAAAUGGGCCUGGCGGGUCCUCGAGGACUACCCGGGCCUCAGGGACAGAAAGGAGAAAAGGGCCAGUGUGGCGAGCACCCGCAUCGGGAACCCCCGACCAGUUUGCUGGCAGCUCUGCGUGCCAACCAGAUAAUAACCAUGAAGCUGCUGCCUCUCCUCAACUCAGUGCGCCUGGCUCCGCCGCCGGUCAUUAAGAGGCGGACCUUCCAGGGAGAACAAGGCCAGACGGGCCUCCAAGGACCUCCAGGCCCACCGGGGCCCCCUGGACCAAGUGGCCUUCUAGGACCCCCAGGGCUGCCAGGCCUCAUGGGACCACCUGGCCUGCCUGGACCUCCUGGACCAAAGGGAGACCCAGGGAUCCAGGGGUACCAUGGCCGGAAGGGAGAAAGGGGCAUGCCAGGAAUGCCGGGCAAGCACGGCACCAAGGGAGCGCCGGGGAUCACCGUGGUCGGGAUGAAGGGCGAGCCUGGGACCCCAGGAGCCAAGGGAGAGAAAGGUGACACGGGCAACGCCAUUGGAGGAGGCAGAGGGGAGCCCGGCCCCCCAGGGCCAAAGGGGGAGCCCGGAGCAGCUGGCUUGCUGGGACCUGCCGGCCCCCCGGGCCCCAAGGGGGAGCCAGGCAGAAGCGAGAUGGUGGGCUACAACGGCAACAUCAGCGAGGCGCUCCAGGAAAUCCGCACCCUGGCCCUCAUGGGGCCUCCUGGUCUUCCCGGGCAAACAGGCCCACCGGGUGCUCCAGGGAUCCCAGGCCAGAAGGGGGAGAUCGGGCUGCCAGGCCCCCCAGGACUUGACGGGGAAAAGGGGCCUCGAGGCCGACCAGGAGACCCAGGCCCUCCCGGUCCCCAAGGCCCCCCUGGAAAGAUUGGGCCUGCAGGAACCAAGGGAGAAGAUGGACAAGUGGGGAGCCCAGGAGAAAAGGGGCCCAAGGGGGAGCCAGGCCAGGCAGGCUGGCCGGGUCUAGACGGCCCCACGGGGGAGAAAGGAGAGCCGGGCAGUCCUGGGAGACCUGGGGCCGCAGGACAGCCCGGCCCCAUCGGGCUGCCAGGGUUCACGGGAGAGAAAGGAGACCCUGGAGAGAAGGGGGAGCCAGGAUUGGAGCUUCCUGGGCCACCUGGGCCAGAAGGUCCCCCCGGACCUCCGGGGCUCCAGGGUAUUCCUGGACCAAAGGGGGAAGCGGGACUGGAUGGAGCCAAAGGAGAGCAAGGCAUUCAGGGAGAAAAGGGAGACCGAGGACCUCUGGGGCUCCCAGGUAUUCCGGGACCAAUUGGCAUUCCAGGCCCAGCAGGACCAAAGGGUGAGAGGGGCAAUAAAGGUGACUCCGGGCUGACAGGACCAAAGGGAGCAACUGGACUUCCAGGUUUACACGGACUACCCGGGGUCAAAGGAAACCGGGGGGAGAGGGGGAAGAAAGGCUCCCGGGGGCCUAAAGGGGAUAAGGGAGACCAAGGAGCACCUGGAUUGGACGCCCCCUGCCCGUUGGGCGAAGAUGGCUUACCCAUCCAGGGCUGCUGGAACAAGUGACGCCUCUAACCUGGGAUUGGCCUGAGUGUGUGUUUGUACAUAGAGUAUUUAUUUUUAUACAGUUUUCACUCUUUGAAAAUGCCAGACGGAUGAUGCAUCUUACAGAUUAUUAAAAAAAAAAGAAAGAAAGAAAAAGAAAGCCCUACAUAUUUUGUACAGAAAAUGCCAACCUCUUAACCUUUUGUUUGUUUGCAAGACGUAUAAGUCCCCGGCGCUAAUACACUCUUUGUGAGCA